CUGACGUGCUUACACUGCGGCAUGUGUGACGUGCCGGCUGUUUCCAUGCGCGUGCAUGCGGGUCCUCCCUGUUCGUCGCUUACUUGGGCUGUUGCGAUGACGCAACCUAUUGUCUUUAACAACUCGCUGCCCCUACCUGAAAGACACAACAGUAUUUCGCUAGAAACCUGCCUAACUCCUCAUCAAGAAAUAUGACGGAAUUCCAGAGUUUCCACUUCUGGGUCAGAUGCUGAAAUUGGGGCACCAUCCUUUGCAAGGCCGAGUGCAGUGAUUGAAAUGGAAAAAUACUCCGUGGGAAGCCGAAAGGCGCUGGAAAAUGUCGACGGCCUAGGAACGGGCACUCUUCCCCCGUUGGAAGAACAGACGGGAAUGACCAUCGCAUCGGGAGCUGACGGCGAACCGUCCAGCUACGAAAACAUGGUGGAAGUGAACGGCGCCAUUGAGGUCAUUAGCAAAGGCGCAACCUUUGAUGCCGACAGGGAGGAUGCUGAUAAGGACCGCUGCGAUUGCGAGGAGGAAGAGGAAGAGGUCCGGAGGGAAGGAUGGGGAAAUAAAGUAGACUUUAUCAUGGCAUGCAUCGGCUACGCGGUGGGCUUAGGAAAUGUCUGGAGAUUCCCCUAUCUCUGCUACAAAAAUGGAGGAGGCGCUUUCCUGGUGCCAUAUUUCAUCUCGCUGGUAGCCUGCGGGGUACCAAUGUUCUUCAUGGAAGUGUCGCUAGGCCAGCUCAUGCAGACGGGCGGCAUCGGCACCUGGGACGUCUUUCCCGCGCUCAAAGGCGUUGGACUUGCGGCCGCGAACAUAGCCGCUAUGCUGAACAUCUAUUACAUCGUCAUCUGCGCCUGGUCGAUCUUCUAUUUUUUCGCCUCCUUCAGCAGCCCCCUUCCUUGGCGCAGUUGCCGAAACGACUGGAACAACGUCUACUGUCUAGACAGGGAACUCCAGGAUAAUCUGACGGUGGAGGCCAGGAAUGAGUCUUUUCUGACCACAAAUGGAUCCCUUCUGCACCGAAACCUGUCCGAAUCACCAGCGCAACAGUAUUGGGAACGCAGGGUACUGAGCGUUUCGACCGGUAUGAACGUCGUGGGCAGCGUGCGGUGGGAGCUGGUGGGCUGCGUAGGGCUAGCCUGGGUCUUGACGUUCCUCUGCAUCUGGCGCGGAGUCAAGACAACGGGAAAGAUCGUCUGGUUCACCGCCCUAGUCCCGUAUGUGAUCCUGCUCAUUCUCCUAAUAAACGGUUUACUGUUGGAAGGUUCAAUGGACGGGCUUCGCUUUUACGUCACGCCCACGUUUGACAAACUUGGAGAACCUACGGUAUGGGUUGAUGCUGCCACACAGAUCUUCUUUUCCUAUGGCGUCGGCAUCGGCUCGCUGAUUUCUCUCGGUAGCUACAAUCCUUACAGGAACAACUGCUUUUUCGAUACAAUAGUGGUUGGAGUAGUCAACGCGGCAACCAGUCUAUUUGCGGGACUGGUUAUCUUUGCUGUUCUUGGUUACAUGGCCUUCAUUCAAGACGUACAUGUGAAGGACGUUGUUGACGAGGGCCCCGGUUUAGCGUUUGUGGCCUACCCAACUGCUGUGGACACCAUGGCGGGUGCACCAUUCUGGUCGGUUCUAUUCUUCGGCAUGUUAAUAAUGCUUGGAUUGGACAGUCAGUUCUGCGUGGUCGAGGGCUUCGCUACAUCCAUCAUGGACGCCUGGCCGAGGAUGAACCUCAGGAAGAGACGGACAUUAUUCCUCGUUUCCAUCUGCGUCCUGGACUUCUUCCUCAACCUGUUCUGUAUCACUGAGGGAGGUAUCUACAUCUUCCAGCUGAUGGACAGCUAUGCCGCCAGCGGGAUGCCGCUGCUGUGGGUGGCCGGCUGGGAGUGCAUGGCCAUCUCGUACGGCUACGGCGCCCGGCGCUUCUACGGCGACAUCGGCUCCAUGCUCACUUUCAAACCGGGGUGGUUCUGGCCGGUGAGCUGGAUGGUUCUCACUCCGGUGGUGUCCUUUGGUAUCUUUCUCUUCAGUCUGAUCGCCUACCAAGGACCCAAAUACGGUGAGGACUAUACCUAUCCCAAGACGGGAGAAAUGCUGGGUUGGUUGAUGGCUCUGGCACCCAUGCAGUGGAUACCAACCUACGCCGUCUAUCUCUACUUUUCUACCCCUGGGACUGUCCGAGAGCGUCUUCACGUCAUGACCACGCCCAGGGUGUUCCCCAAAAUACCGGUCCAGGCCCCUCCCAGCAACGACCGAGCACCUCCCGAUGACGAGCUCCCGAUGACGCACCUGGACACGACGCAGCGGGUACCGGAGGACCCUCCCCCGGGCUUCAAGACGAUAACAGCCCGAAAAGCGAACGCCGACGACAGGCAACAUUACGACCAUGCAUAGAUUUCAUUUCCAUGUAGUUAAUAGAUUUUUUUGUGGUAAAUUAAUCCUUAUUCUUUAAAAACAAAUUCCCUAUUGCUCUUUUCAGUCAGCUACUAUUCCACUUAUUUCUUAGUAUUUCUCUCUAUUUGCUUGCUUACUCGAUGUUGGAAGUGUAAUAUGGAUAUGGAGGCUUAUGCUUUUAUAAAUAAAAUGCUAGUAGUUAGUUAAAGUGCCAUAUUCUUAAUUUUGAUUACUAGGCCUACACUUACAGAGAUGGACCCCAUAGUUUCAAUUAUUGGCGGGUCGGUGGGGAGGGGUAGGCAAAAGGCGCCAUGUCCCCCACGAUGCUUUUUGAUCGUGUAAUACAUUUGUAUAUGUACAUGCAUAAUGCCGACGAGUUUUGCUUUCACUCCUGAGAAAGGCUAUAAAGGUUUAAUACAUACAGAAUUCCUGAAUUUAUUUGCCCCUCGAUGAAAACAUUUUGGCUCCCUUGUAAGCAGUUUGUUCUGAAUCCGCCCUCCGUCAACUGUGGUUCUUAUUAUAUCAUAAAACAACAGUACACGCGCACACGUCAGGCAGAGCGUCGUCAGCGUGUACGGCACUGCGAAGUUCACUUCGCAACCUAGGCCUAUGUGGUCUUGCUUGUCCAUAUUACAUGUACUGGGCUGAGGCUGAUAACGAUUCAGGUGCCUAUGGAAGCCGUUGCGAGAUAGUAACUCGAAAAUUUUUAUUUUGUAAGUGGCCCUCAUACGCUUCCGUACAAAAUGGACACUACGCGGUUCGAGACUUCGUCACAAGGCGGACGCGCCACGAGUUUCAGGCUCAGCGCUCCCAUUGGACGAUUGGUGAAGUUGCGCGUUAACUUCCGGUCCCGUGGUUCCACAUUAACGGGCGAUCAAUGCAAAUAAUAAAAAAAAUAGUUUAAAAAGUUCGUGGCUAACCCCCAUUAAAAUUGAAACGAAAAGUUAU